AGGCCACAGAGACAUGGAAGAGGGUCAGUGCAAUCCAGAACCAAACUCCAUUCCUCUGAUGCAGAAUGAGCGACGUGAUGCCAGAGACAUCAGAAAGCCUGAUGACGUUGAGACUGUUGAAGCUGUGGUUGUUCCCAGUGACCAAGGAGGUGAGCCAGGAGAGGAGAGCAGGCAGCCCAUGGACAAUGAAGAGACAGGCGCUGACAACCCUCUGCUGAAUGGAGAUGCCAGUGGCCAAGGAGAGGAAGGUGUUCUAGGAAUGGAGGAUGGAAAGCCGUCAGACAAUGACAGAGCAGACACUGAAACCUGUCAGAAGACACAUGCUGAUUCCCCUCCACUGAAUGUACCCAAGGUUGUCAGGGUUAACAGCCAGACUGAUGACCCACAGCUUCUGGGUCAACCUCAGAGCAAUGGACGCGUGCCAUAUAGAAGGGAAUCACACCUGACCAAUGGGGCCCCAGGUCAGGGUGCUGGUGAGACUUCACCCCUCUGCAAGGUUAACGAUGAGACUAAGGAAGUGACUCCUGGUGCACAGAGUCCAGGACCUCCUCAGAUGAAUGGAGGACCUCCCAUGUCUAACAGAGCUGCCGAGGAUACCACUGCUCUAUUGGACAAACAGGCCUUGGACAAGGACCAAGUCACCAAACCUCCUGAGUUAAUAGACAAAGGACCUAAUGACAUGGAAUCAAGAGGAGAACUGUAA